CCGACAUUUUUUAUCAUUAUGGUGAAGAAAGAAAAGCCCGAGUGAUUGCCCGAAAAAUUUGCUACUGGCGAACCAAAGAAAGGAUUGUUAAUUCUGAACAAUUAGUAGAGAUAAUUGCUUCCUGUUUUUCUCAAAAAGGUAAUAAGCAUCCGGCCCGCAAAGUAUUUCAAGCCCUUCGAAUAUUUAUUAAUCAGGAGUUAGAAAACCUGAGCCAAGCCUUAGAAGUCGCCUUAAAUCAUCUUGCCAGAAAUGGAAGAAUUAUUGUCAUUAGUUAUCAUUCAUUGGAAGAUAGAAUUGUCAAGCAAAUCUUCAAAAAAUAUGCUUCUAGCCACUUCCAAAUUAUCACUAAAAAACCCCUAAAUCCCACUCAAUCAGAG